GGAUGAUGUUGUGCCCAUGACAAAUAUACCCAUGGACCAUGUCAUGAACUCUCACUGGGUUUUACAACUCAAAAGUGAAAGGAGGGAUGAAAGAGAAUAAAGAUGGAACCAGCUCUGCUAGCUCCCUUCCACUCAUCCUGGACAUUGAAGACUUUAAGGGUGAUAUUUCAUUUGAAGCAUUAUUCGGGAACUUGGUAAAAGAUCUCCUGCCAUCUUUUCAAGAUGAAGAAGCAGAUUCAGCAGAUGCACAUGGCAACAUAAAUGGCAAUAAUGUUUUGCCAAAUGGGAAUAUACGGGCUCCAUCUGAUGCAUAAAAGUUUUCUCAAGCAUUGUCUGCUCCUUUUUUUCCAGAAGUAGAUGCCCUACUAUCUCUGUUCAAGGAUUCUUUUAGGGAGUUGGUUGAUCUUCGUAAGCAGCUUGAUUCUAAACUUUUCAAUCUAAAGAAGGAGGUAUCUGUUCAAGAUGCAAAGCAUCGGAAGACACUUGCUGAGGUUAGUCAAUAGAGGACCUCCAUUAUCUUACUUCUGGAUUGUUUUUAGGGAAUGUGCCAAAGAAACAAGAAGAAAGCUGUUUUCUGCACCUUCAAUGUUUAAACAAAUUUCUUUCCGAUUACUUUAAAUCCAUUGCUUUAGUUAAUAAAUUUAAAAAUGAAAU